GCGGCUCUCCAGGACCAGGGUUGCCGACCCCUGGGUUAAGGAUUAUGGAGCAUUGGAUUCCCUCGUGGAAUACAUUGCAACUUUUGUGCUUUGCUGGGGAAAGAAGAAGUAUGGACAGCAGAAAGAGGUCGUGACUGAUUUCAUGAACCUACGGGAGAGUGGUCUGAUCCCCUGGUACGUUACUGUGGAAGACAUGAAGGCGUGGAUCAUUUCCGAAGACCAAGCUAUCGUCAAGGAAAGAUUCCAGAUGGAAGAUUCAGGCAGGGAGGAUGGCCUGGUUUACCUGACGUGGGAGGUGAACAUCCGGCUGAAGCUGCAGGAGAUCGAGAGGGCCUGCAGACAGGUCUGCGGGAACCAGGGACUGGGGCCCCUCAGCCCACGUCUAGCCUGUGACCAGAACCCUCACCAGGCCGCUCUUACGGACCUGCAGUCACCGAACGGCGGUGUUUUACCGCCCAGCUCACUCUCCUCCCGUUACGAAUUUGUGUUUUUCAAAUUUCCUGACAUUUUUGACGCCCGCGCCGUUGUCCAGCGGGCCUUGAAGGACAUCCUGCACAAGCUGGCAUACCAGCCCGCCUCACGUCCACAGCCGCUGCCAGACGUGGUGGUGGACGUGGUGUCCAGCCUGCUCCAGGUGAUAACGGACGAGGGUGGAGCCCGUGACGGGGCCAGAGACGAGACGGACAUGAGGCUGCUGAGCAGCAUGGCUGUCGGCACGGUGGUGUCUGUGCUGCACGCGGUCCGUGCUGAUUUCAGCCAGACGGUGGAGUUCUCGCGGGCAACCAGGGACGGAAUGGUGGCCUUCAUUUUCACCGAGCUGCAGAGCAACGUAGGCUCCUCUCAGGCCCUGAAGGGGGCGCUGUGCAGCAAGGAAAGCAACACCACCGCUGCCAUUGCUACAGAGGUCACUGCCGCUGUCAGACAGCUCUGCCAGGACACACAAGCCUUCUCCAGCCCUAGUGUGACACCGGCACCGAUUAGAGAUGAGGCCAUCAUGGGAGAAGUGAAACUGGUAGAAGAGGAGGAUAACAUGGUGGAUCCCCUGCUGGGAAGUUUGGGUACUGCAGAUCCACAUGUGGCUGUGAUGGAGAUGCAGGAUGGAGAGAUCCAGGACACCUCCGCCAUCACCACGGCAGACACUGAAGCUUCCAGCCAGCUCUCCCCUGUGGAGUGUGCCCUCCCUGGCAUGGCAGUGAUGGAGCCAGGAGAAGAGGACUUUUCUGGGUCCACGGAGAGCCUAGAAGUAGCAUCAACGGUCCAGCAGGAUGACACCGAAGAGCUCCUGCUGGGCGAUUUGGCUACUGCAGAUCCACAGGUGGCUGUGAUGGAGCUGAAAGCCAUUCAGGAUGGAGAGACCCAGGACACCUCCACCAUCACCACGGCAGACACUGAAGCCUCCAGCCGGCUCUCCCCUGUGGAGCCUGCUGACCCUGGCAUGGCAGUGAUGGAGCCAGGAGAAGAGGACUUUUCUGGGUCCAUGGAGAGCCUAGAAGUAGCAUCAACGGUCCAGCAGGGUGACACUGAAGAUGAGAUGCAGGAUGCACGUGCUGUGGAUGAGCAAAAGGGGCCACUGGGAGAUGUGGACAUUGACCAGCCUGGGGUCCUCCCUCAGAAGCGGGGGAAGAAGAGGGUACUGCGGAGAUUCUUCGGGAGGUUUUGGAAAGCCCUGAAGAGCUCCCUCUGCUGCUGCUCUGUCCCUGAGGGGGAAGAAUGAGAAUCUUCUCUCAAUCACCUUGUCUUAUCUCCUUAUUCUUCACCAAACUCUUUAGCCAUAUCUGCCCAACUUCCUGUCUCUGAUCCAGUCGAGCUCAGUCACCUCCGCCUCCACC